ACCCUCAUCCAUGCCUUGCCCUUUCUGUGCCCCCUUUAUAUGAGUUCUGGGGUACACUUUGUAUCCCCCCCCCACACCUUAUUCAUUCUCACCUAGGCUUAUGCUCUGAUAUUUCCUCCCCCCCAACACCUCUUCAUGAUGGGCUUCCUUCUUUUUCCCAAUCUUCGGCUGGAUUUUCUCCAUUUUUUGCACCUCUUCUUGGGACCCUGACCUUAUGCUUUUGCCCACUUUUUAUUGACUCCCUUCCCCCCCUUGUUAAUUAAUCUUCUUUACCUUGCUCCCUUUUUUCCCCUCUCUCCGUAGACACGGCUCAUGGAUACCGGCCCCUCCACCCCAGACCCGGGGGGCCCACGGAGGGAUUUUGCCGCCCCGACCUCUGAACCGGGCCCCCCGUCCUUCGAAUGGCUGCUCGGGCGGCUGGGGGCCGGGGGGCGGCGCCAGCGCCUCUUGCUGGCCCUGAGCUGCCUGCCCUGCCUCCUGCUGGGACUCGGGGUGGGCUCCGACGCCCUCUUCACCUUGACGCCCCCCCGCCACUGCCGGGACGCCAACGGCACCAGGGUGCCGGAGAACGCGACGUGCCAGGAUGCCCACUGCCCGAACUGGGACUACGGAGGGCUCCCGGCCCUCACCAGCAAUCCAGUUACCGAGUGGUUCCUGGAUUGUUCCCGAGGAUGGGUUGUCCCGUUGGAGCAGCUCUGUUUUCUCCUUGGCUUUGCAGCUGGGGCCCUAUUUCUUGGCCACCUGGCAGACAGUGUGGGACGGCGUAGCACACUCCUCUUGGCCCUCGCUCUCGGCUGCCCUGCGGGCAUUUUGGCUGCCUUUGCUGCCUCUCCCUCAGUCUUCAUGUUGGGCCGUUGCCUUUGGGGUGUGAUGUUGGGGGGCAUGGAGCUAGCCCUCUACCUAAGCCGCUUGGAGCUGUGCUGUCCUUCCCAGCGGCUACCUGUCGCCAUGGCCGGGGACCUCCUGAUGGUUGGAGGUCACUUCCUCCUGCUCGGUUUGGCGCUGGCUUGUGGAAGCUGGCGGAUCCUUCAGGGUGUGAUAUCGGCCGGGCUUGGGCUUUGUCUCCUUUAUGGCUGCCCUGGCUUUUACCCUGAAUCGCCCCGUUGGCUCUUGGCCACUCGUCGGACGGCGCAAGCCAAGGAGAUUUUGAUGGGUCUCACCCAGGGAGGUGCUGCUCAAGAGUCUGAGGCGCAGGAGGCGCUGGCUGAACUCGACAACGCCUGCCACCUCCCGGCCGCCGCUCAGAUCUCGCUCCGCCUUCUGCUGUCCUGCAGAAACAUCUGGAAGAACAUCCUCAUCCUUGGUUUCACCACAUUCAUCGCCCACGCCAUCUGCCACUGCUACCGCCUGGCUUGGGAGACCCCGGAGGAUCCGCAUGCCACGUUCUACCUCUCCUACCUGCUGUCGACCGGCAGUGCGGGCUUAGCCUGCCUCUUCCUGUGCCUGAGCGUGGACCGCUACGGGCGCCGUGGCAUCCUGCUUCUCACCACCACCCUGACCGGCAUCGCCUCCCUUAUCCUUCUGGGCCUGGGAGAAUAUCUCAACAGUGCUGCCCAGAGGACGUUCUCAAUCCUCGGCCUCUUCGCCUCUCACGCGGCUGGCUCCCUCAGCGUCUUUUUCGCCUCCGAGGUCAUCCCCACCGUUAUCAGGGGCAAAGGCCUGGGGAUCAUCCUGGCAUUGGCGUCUCUGGGCGGGCUGAGUGCUCCGGUGCUCCGGUUACGAGAGCAGCACGGCUCGUUCCUCGAACACAUCGUCCUGGCGUCUCUCAACAUCCUGGCCCUUCUCUGCCUGAUGCUGCUGCCGGAGAGCAAGCGCAAGGCCCUCCCCGAAGGGCUGCGGGAUGGAGAACUCUACCGGAGACCUUCCCUGCUCCGCCGGGCGGGGGGCCGAGAAGGCCGAGACGCUGAGGGGGCCACCCGGCGCGACGACGUACCCCUCCUGUCCACGCCCAACCCCGCCAGUUGAUGCCCCCCACUGUGGCCCAGUCGGACCGCUACGCCUCCCUUUGCACGUGGCCCCGUAGCCAGACCUCCGUCGACUGAACUUAAGAGGGCUGCCUCUUGACAUGGUCUUCGGGGGGGGGGGAGAGACCACUGUUUUUUCCUCGUUUUUGGCUUCUGAGGUUGGGCAGCCCCCCCUCCCCCCAAGGACAGGCCAGUUUUCUUCCAGAAGCAGAAAACUAGGAACAAGGCUGGUCACCGGCAAGUCUUUAAAAUACAUAAACUAAACUUUUUUGGGCGGGGGGGAUUGGCUGUUUAUCAUGACAUUUUUUAGAAAUGAUGAGACCCAAGUGGAAACGGUAUUCUGCGGGACCCCCAUUUUUAUGGGUAGGAGGCUAAGAGGAUGCAAACGGCUUCUGUGCAAUAAAAUCAUCUGGACGUAAAUCCAGAGGUAUUGAGAGAGUCGGUUAGGGAGAGCCGUUUUUAAAUCUGCAUCGUUUCCCCCCGCCUUGUUCCUCAUUCCCUCCAAAGAGCUUCAUGGACCCAUUUCCUUAUUUUAAUAGUAGUAUAAUAAACAGAAACGUAACAGGCCAGGUUCAAGCCUCAAAGGGAGAUGCAGUCAGGGUAAAAACUGUUACUUCGGCUGGCAUCUUUAUUUCCAUUUUACAGAGUUUGGAAACUGAGGCCAAGAAACUUGUUAGAAUGGAUCAGCGAUUAAAAAAAGAACAUCGUCAAGGAGUUUGCCCUAUGCACUCCCAUCUUUGCGAGUACAUAAUCAUUUUUGAUAGCACGUUAUCAGUGUCCAAAGGGCUCUUUCUGCUUCCUCAAGGCAGCGUCAGCCCAAGCCCCUGAAUCUGUAACCAAGGGCCUUAGAAAUCUUUUCAACUGCUGAUUUUCCAAACUGGGUGGGUCAAGUGAGAGCUGUCCUUGUUGGUUAAAUCCUCAAGUUGCCACUGAAAAUGGUCUGUUAAGGGCCAGUCCUUGUAGACUCAACCCAAUGAUUCAUAAUGCAACAGGCCAUCUCUUAACCCUUGGGGCAAUUUCUUACAGCGGUAGGGCUGCCAGAAAUUAAACUGAUCAGUUUCCCCCUCUUUAGGAUGGGGAGAACCCAUUUCUGCUGAAUUUCUGUGCUCAAAUAUAAAGGUCCCGUGGGCAGCAGCCCGGCUUAAAACAUCUAAGGACGAAGGCAUCAAGUUCUUUAGUGUCCGACACAGGUUAGAAUACUUACAUAGCAUGAAUGCACACAUAAAAUCUCCAUCAGGUAAGACUGGUCAUGCCACUCCUCUUACCCAAGAGUGAUGGCAAAUCUGCAUCAGAAAUGCAGAGAUGCGGGAGAGAACAUGGAUGGCCCCACGCAGUCCCUGCCCAGGUGUUUCAGAAUGCAACCCACACGGGAGCCUCAAAAGGACUUUUGGCUGCUUUUUAAUUCUAAAGGGAAAUGAACUACUGACUGUUAAUAAGCUAAAAUACACAUUAAAGGAAAAUCUUGAGAA